AUGAAGCUGGUACUGCGCCUUCUGUUCCUCUUCCUUCUGGCGGAGGUGUGGCUGGUGCCCGGCUUUGCCCCGGGGACCCAGCCGCCAGAGGCUGAGGCAGGGCCGGGGACUCUGAGGACCCUCGCUCCCCAGAACCAGCCUCCUGAGGAGAAGAAGGAAGAGGAGCCCUGGCUGGUGGCCAGCAGGCAGGAGCUCUCCCAGGAGACUUCCAACUUCGGGUUCAGUCUGCUGCGCAAGAUCUCCGUGAAGCACGAAGGCAACGUGGUCUUCUCCCCGCUCAGCCUGUCCUUCGCCAUGGCGACCCUGGUGCUGGGGGCUGCGGGGCCCACCCGCACCCAGAUCCUGAGCGGGCUCGGCCUGCAGGCCCUGAAUGGGACCCAGCCCGCACUCCUGCCGGCCCUCUUCGGGCAUCUGAGAGAGACCUUAUCCCGCAACUGGGAGCUGGGCCUCACCCAGGGCAGCUUGGCCUUCAUCCACAAGGAUUUUGAUGUCAAAGAGACCUUCCUCAAUUUAUCGAAGAGGUAUUUCGAUACUGCGUGUGUGCCUAUGAAUUUCCGCAAUGCCUCCCAGGCCAAGGGACUCAUGAAUCAGUACAUUAGCAAAGAGACUCAAGGGAGAAUUCCCAAACUCUUUGACGAAAUUAAUCCUGAAACCAAAGUCAUUCUUGUGGAUUACAUCCUGUUCAAAGGGCAAUGGCUGACUCCAUUCGACCCUGUCUUCACGGAAGCUGACACUUUCCGCCUGGACAAGUACAAGGCAGUGAAGGUGCCCAUGAUGUACAGGGCAGGCAACUUCGCCUCCACCUUUGACAAGAAUUUUCGCUGCCACGUCCUCAAACUGCCCUACCAAGGAAAUGCCACCAUGCUGGUGGUCCUCAUGCAGAAAAUGGGUGAUCACCUAGCCCUUGAAGACUACCUGACCACAGAGCUCGUGGAGACGUGGCUUCGAAACAUGAAAACCAGAAAAAUGGAAGUUUUCCUUCCAAAGUUCAAGCUAGAUCAGAAGUAUGAGAUGCACGAACUGCUUAAGCAGAUGGGAAUCAGAAGAAUCUUCUCAUCCUGGGCUGACCUCAGUGAACUCUCCGUUACUACAAGAAACCUUAAAGUAUCCAAGGUUUUACAAAGAGCAAUGAUUGAGGUCGAUGAAAAGGGAACAGAGGCAUUCCAGGAUCCCAUUCAGAUUACCACAUUUCAUUUAAUUGUCAUGUCUACUUAG